AUGGGUGGUCUUUUAUUGGAGAAUUAUACUGCUCGGCUAGAGGCACUGGGGCGACUAGUUCUUAGCAAGAAACCUGAAUUCAUAGCACUUCAGAACAUGACAAUUGAUGGAAUAAAGACACUGAGGACUCUCCCGUGGGCGACAAGAUACAACACUAUCCUCUCUCCGCCUGCUUCCUUCGAGAAUAGAAAGAAAUCCAAGUGUGUCAUAAUGUCAAUAUAUUCUACAGACCAGAAGCUGAACGAGUUUACCUACAGAGACCCUGAUACAGACAGGCACCUACUGUGGGUCGACUUUAUCCUUAAUGACAAGUACAAGCAGCCCUACAAACUGACCAUAGGCACGACAGAGAUCGCCAUUGGUACUCCGACUGAAGUAAUGGAGAAGUACAUCAACCAGGCUCUGUUUGUGUCUCAGUCGCACGAGGAUUGUUUCAUAAUGGGGGACUUUGCAAUCUGUGAGCCGCUCAAUGGGGUCCUGAAUCUUAACGGUAACUGGAAAGACGCUUGGGAGGAGAUAAAUGAGACUGAGUCAGCCUCUUUGGGUAGCGGGCACUCUCUCGACCCUCCUAAUAACUCACUCAUUAAAGAGAAGACUCUCCCAAGCUUUAGACCCGAUAGAUUCAUUUAUAAUACUCGACGAUAUAAAGUCGUGAGUAUUGAGCUUGUGGGUAUGUCUCCAGACGAGGUCCUUGGGACUCACAUCAGCAACCAUUAUGGAGUAAUGGCGUCGUUUGCUUUGCUUGAUCCCCCUCUCCCUCUCGUUCCCCCUCCUGAUGUCCCUUGCUCUUUCGAGGAACAGAAACAAGAAUAA